AUGGAAUUGGGAAGUGAGGGAUUCAAAGUAAAGAGAUGGAGGCGGAUCACCGGUUGAAAAAAAUAUAAUUAAAAACAACACGUGAACUGCUUGGGCACGUCUACAAAUUUGUAGAUAAAGGAUCUUGUAGUAGACCCAGGUAAGAGUUCUUGGGAUGAUAUAAAUUUUCUGCUGGACCGCUCUUCUCGGAACUAUCCAACUAUUCGACAAGAAGCUCACAGUUCCCAUUGGAAAAGGCGUACGACAAGGAGAUACCAUAUCCCCCAAGUUGUUCUCCACGGCACUAGAAGGCGCGAGGCGCCAACUUGGAUGGGACGAAGAGCACGACUGGGAAGACGACAGCGAAAACAUAUGCAUCAACAUCGACAGCAAGAUCCUCACCAACCUACACUUCGCUAACGACAUCGUCAUCUCCGCAAACAAUACCACCGACCUGUCGACCAUGCUGAACGAUCUGAACGUCGUUGGCAAAACAAUCGGACUGACAUUGAAUCUGAAGAGGACGCAAUGGACGCGCAACAGCUUCUGCGAUGAUGGCCCCGUGACACUCGAAGGCGAAGACUUACAACAAGUCGACUCCUACGUAUACCUUGGAAAAGAAGUCAACAUUCUCAACGACUUGAAGACGGAAAUCUGA